GAAUGACGCGUAAACCGUCAACUUGUGGAAGAAUCUGACCCUGUCCAUGAUUGUCAAGUCCUAGAUCAGCAACCUCAUCUCCCUUAAUAAUUCGGGUCAUCAUGUUCCAGGAUUCAACCUCUGCAAUUAUGGCGAUUUCAACUUUGUUCAUCGUCCUCAUCUCUUCCAUCCUUUUGAUCAUUAUUCCCUUCAACACUGCUCAGGUGUCUUUCGGCGCAGACAACAGCACCUUCGCCCAAAACUGCCGCCAAAUACUCUCUUCUCUCGCCUCCAACGUCUCGGCCAACGGCGGAUUUUACUUCAACACCCUCGGGAAGGACAACGCCACCGUCUACGCUCUCGGACUCUGCCGCGGAGACCUUCCAACUGACCAAUGCUUCAACUGCAUCGACACCCCGAGCCGAAACAUCAUCAAGAAUUACGUUAACAAGACGGAAGAUGUCGGUUGGGGAGACCCUGAUCGCUGCAUUGUGAGGUAUUCCGACAAGUCGUUUUUCAGGGAAAUGGCUGAACGGCCGGCGUUUUGCGUGACUUAUAGAGACAACAUCGCCGACGACGUCGUCGACGAGUUUGAGCGGGCCUUGGAUGAUUUGGUUAACAGCCUUGUGAUCAAGGCUUCGAAGGGUUUUUCCAAGCUCAAGUUUGCGACGGGGAAGACGAACUUCACGGUGUAUGAUGAUAAUAUCUAUGGUCUUACGCAGUGUACGCCGGAUUUGUCGUCGGCCGACUGCGAGAGAUGUUUAAGAGGAGCUGUAGUGGACUACCAAGGAUGCAAUAGGAGGACGAAAGCAAUGACUGUUCUUAGACCCAGCUGUAUUUUUCAGUAUGAUUUGAAUCAGUUCUAUGAAUCUACAGCUUAUGAUAUUUCCCUGGCGCCGCCCCCUGCGGUUUCUUCUGCUCCGGUCCCGCCUCCUCAUCAAACGCCACCGCCGCCAGGGAAGGGCAAGAAAAACAGUACAAACACAUUGCGGAUUGCUAUCAUCGUUGUUGUUCUAAGUAUCUGUUUGACACUUACCACCCUCGCUUGUGGCUUUUUCUAUAUGAGAAAAAAAGAAUCUACAAUCAACAUUGCAGGAAGGGGCCCGCGAUCUGGUUCACCGGAAACCAUGGCUUGGUUAAGAGCUGCUACAAAAUUGUUCAGCCAGUCGAGACAGGGCAGUGUGAAUCAUGCUGGUGGGGAUGAUUCUGAAAAUGUGGAUUCGUUGCAAUACGACUUCCACUCGAUAAGGGUGGCAACAAAUGACUUCUCCAACGCCAACAAACUUGGAGAGGGUGGAUUUGGUCCUGUGUACAAGGCAAGGCUAGCAAAUGGACAGGAAGUAGCUGUUAAACGACUGGCCAAUCAUUCUGAACAAGGCGAAGCACAAUUCAAGAAUGAAAUUGUUCUAAUGGCCAAGCUCCAACACAAGAAUUUAGUCAGGCUCCUCGGCUUCUGCCUGCACAACAAAGAGAGGCUUCUCAUCUACGAGCUGCUGCCCAAUGCUAGUCUUGAUCGCUUCAUUUUUGAUCCAAUCAAGCGGCUGUUACUAAGUUGGGAAACACGUCACAAGAUCAUAGUUGGCAUUGCACGCGGAAUUCUCUAUUUUCACCAAGACUCUCAGCUCAAUAUUAUCCACCAUGAUCUCAAAGCUGGUAAUGUUUUGCUAGAUAGUGAGAUGAACGCCAAAAUCUCAGAUUUUGGCAUGGCAAGGCUGUUUGUUGCUGAGAUAAGCAAAGGCAAUACUAAAAGAAUUGCUGGGACCUUGGGCUACAUGCCUCCGGAGUACGCAAAAUACGGUCAAUUCUCCGUUAAGACUGAUGUUUUUAGUUUCGGUGUCAUAAUCCUUGAGAUCAUCACUGGCAUGAAGAACGAGGAUUGCAGCAGCCCGGAGUCCGCCGAGCAUCUCAUAAGCUAUGCAUGGAAAAAAUGGAAAGAGGGGAAAGCCUCAAUGCUGAUUGAUGGAACAAUAAGAGGGGGCUCAAAGGCAGAUAUGCUUAGGUGCAUCCACAUUGGGCUGCUCUGCGUGCAAGAGAAUGCGGCCAGGAGACCAGUAAUGGCUUCGGUUGUUCUCAUGCUCAAUAGCUUCAGCACCAACCUGCCGAUGACUACAAGGCCUGCGUUUCUCAUGGAAGCUGGCCAUUUGCAUGACCAAUCUCAACUGCCCUCCAUUAAUGAAGUUUCAAUUUCACAGCCAGGCCCUCGAUAGUAGUUGACAUUUCUAACUCCAAGGCUUAUCCUUUUUUUUUCUUUCCAAGCAUGUAUAUCGAUCCAUUACUAGCAUUUGAAUUUGCUUUUGUUUUUUUGAGUAUAUAUACCAUUACUUUAAACUCUAAA